UAUAAGGCCCAACAGAGAGGAAGUGCUAGAAAUUAUGAGCAAGAAAAUGAGAUAUUAGUUAAAAAACAGCAGCAGCAACAACAACAACAGCAACUCAAAAGACAAAGACAAGGAAAUGUUAAAGCAAAAUUAAUACAACAUCAGCAACAGCAUUAUGAGCAACAACAGCAACAACAAUUACAAUUAGAAUUAAUACCACCUUUACCACCAGAAACUAGAGGCAGACAAAGAACAUUUUCAUCGACUUCUUCUUUAACAACUACAGCAAGACCCACAACAACAAUAAUUACUCGUAAUAAUACCAAAAAUAGUUUUAGAGGCCACACUAAAUACUCACAACAACAAGAACAACUGCAGCAGCAACACCAACAACAACAGCAACACCAAUCAAUUUUAACCCAAAGUAACCCCAACAGCAUUAACAACAUAAAUAAUAUUAAUAGUUUUAAUAGUAAAAAUAGUAAAUUUAAUAGUAGAAAUCAUUUUAAUCAUAAUAACGAUGAAAAACAACAACAACAACUAACCAAACAUCAGCAACAACAACAACAACAACAAAAGCAACAGCGACGACCACAACAGCAACAACAGUAUCAAUAUCAACAACCAACUAUUACAGCAGCCCAUAGCAAACAUAAAAAUACUGGUCAUCAACAUAGAAGCCAACAAAAACAACAUCAAAAUAAAAACAACAACACCAACAAAAGCACUAACAAUUUGAAAAAAUCCUCAAAUGCCAACAACAUCGAUAAUGAUGAAUUAAAAGACUAUAAGAGCAAAAUCAAAAAUAAAUACAACAUCGAUUAUGAUCAUUCUUUAGAUGCAGAAUAUGAAAUAAUCGAGGCCGUCGAAUGAGAAAGGGAAUGAAAGACAAUGAAUGAUGGAUCUUUACCAAAAAAACUAAGAAGAAGUUGCAGUUAUUCGUUACUUUUAAAGAUUCGAAUGUUUGGAAUGUUAAAAAGAUCUUAAAUCAAAAAAACAGUGUUGAAAAUGGAAAUAUCAUAAUUUUUCUAUAAUUUUCUUGAUCAAUUUUCAUUUUAUAAACAAAAUAUAGCAAAUUGCUGAUCUUUUAAUAGAAAAUUAUCGAUAAAUUUUCUUUUUUAUAGAAAACUGUCUAUCAAAUUUAACUUUAUAUAAAGUUGACUUUGUAAAG